AUGCUGCAAAACGUAACUCCCCACAAGCUCCCUGGGGAGGGGAAUGCAGGGUUACUGGGGCUGGGCCCAGAAGCUGCAGCGCCUGGGAAAAGGAUUCGGAAACCCUCCCUGUUGUAUGAGGGGUUCGAAAGCCCCACAAUGGCUUCAGUGCCAGCUUUACAACUGACCCCUGCCAACCCACCGCCCCCGGAGGUGUCCAAUCCCAAAAAGCCGGGCCGGGUUACCAACCAGCUGCAGUACCUGCACAAGGUGGUGAUGAAGGCUCUGUGGAAACACCAGUUUGCGUGGCCCUUUCGGCAGCCUGUGGAUGCUGUCAAACUGGGGCUGCCGGAUUACCACAAAAUUAUAAAGCAGCCUAUGGACAUGGGUACUAUUAAGAGGAGACUUGAAAACAACUAUUAUUGGGCUGCUUCAGAGUGUAUGCAGGAUUUUAAUACCAUGUUCACCAACUGUUACAUCUACAACAAGCCCACUGAUGAUAUUGUCCUGAUGGCACAGACGCUGGAAAAGAUCUUCCUACAGAAAGUGGCAUCAAUGCCACAGGAGGAACAAGAGCUUGUGGUGACUAUCCCUAAGAACAGCCACAAGAAGGGGGCCAAGUUGGCAGCACUCCAGGGCAGUAUCACCAGUGCCCACCAGGUGCCUGCUAUCUCUUCUGUAUCUCACACAGCCCUGUAUACUCCACCUCCUGAGAUACCUACCACUGUCCUCAACAUUCCCCACCCGUCGGUCAUCUCUUCUCCCCUUCUCAAGUCCUUGCACUCCGCCGGACCCCCGCUCCUUGCUGUCUCUGCAGCUCCCCCAGUCCAGCCCCUUGCCAAGAAAAAGGGGGUAAAGCGGAAAGCAGAUACUACUACCCCGACACCUACAGCCAUCCUGGCUCCUGGUUCCCCAGCUAGCCCCCCUGGGGGUCUUGAGCCAAAAGCAGCACGGCUUCCCCCUAUGCGCAGAGAGAGUGGCCGCCCCAUCAAGCCCCCACGCAAAGACUUGCCGGACUCUCAGCAACAACACCAGAGCUCCAAGAAAGGAAAGCUGUCGGAACAGUUGAAACAUUGCAAUGGCAUUUUGAAGGAGUUACUCUCGAAGAAGCAUGCUGCCUAUGCAUGGCCUUUCUAUAAGCCGGUGGAUGCUUCUGCUCUUGGCCUGCAUGAUUACCAUGACAUCAUUAAGCACCCCAUGGACCUCAGCACUGUAAAGCGGAAGAUGGAGAAUCGGGAUUACCGGGAUGCCCAGGAGUUUGCUGCUGAUGUGCGGCUCAUGUUCUCCAACUGCUAUAAGUACAAUCCCCCAGACCACGAUGUUGUGGCCAUGGCACGAAAGCUACAGGACGUAUUUGAGUUCCGUUAUGCCAAGAUGCCAGAUGAACCGCUGGAGCCAGGGCCUCUGCCAAUCUCUACUGCCUUGCCUGCCAGCCUGGCCAAAUCAUCUUCAGAAUCCUCUAGUGAGGAGAGUAGCAGUGAGAGCUCUUCCGAGGAGGAGGAGGAAGAGGAAGAAGAGAGUGAAAGCUCUGACUCCGAGGAAGAACGAGCUCAUCGCCUGGCUGAGCUGCAGGAACAGCUUCGGGCAGUACAUGAACAACUGGCUGCCCUGUCCCAAGGCCCAAUAUCCAAGCCCAAGCGGAAGAGAGAGAAAAAAGAGAAAAAGAAGAAACGGAAGGCAGAGAAGCAUCGAGGCCGAGCUGGGGUAGAUGAAGAUGACAGGGGGCCUCGGGCACCCCGCCUCUCUCAGUCCAAAAAGUCCAAGAAGGCCAGCGGCAGUGGGGUUGGCAGUGUUGCUACACUAGGUCCCCCUGGCUUUGGACCUUCUGGAGGAAGUGGCACCAAACUACCCAAAAAGGCCACAAAGACAGCCCCCCCUACCCUGCCUGCUGGCUAUGAUUCGGAGGAAGAGGAGGAAAGUCGGCCCAUGAGUUACGAUGAGAAACGGCAGUUGAGCCUGGACAUCAAUAAAUUACCUGGGGAGAAGCUGGGCCGAGUUGUGCACAUAAUCCAAGCCAGGGAGCCCUCGUUACGUGACUCAAACCCGGAAGAGAUUGAGAUUGAUUUUGAAACUCUCAAGCCAUCUACGCUUCGAGAGCUUGAGCGUUACGUCCUAUCCUGCCUUAGAAAGAAACCACGGAAGCCCUACACCAUUAAAAAGCCUGUGGGAAAGACAAAGGAGGAGCUGGCUUUGGAGAAGAAGCGGGAACUAGAAAAGCGGUUACAAGAUGUUAGUGGGCAGCUCAAUUCCACCAAAAAGCCCCCCAAGAAAGCGAGUGAGAAAACAGAGUCGUCAUCUGCUCAGCAAGUAGCAGUGUCACGCCUCAGCGCUUCCAGCUCCAGCUCAGAUUCCAGCUCCUCCUCUUCAUCUUCCUCCUCUUCGGACACCAGUGAUUCAGAUUCAGGCUAA